AAAACAUAUCCUAAAUAUGAUAAACGCUCAUAAAUUUGUCUACACAUGCAAGUGCGCAGUUGUUUAAAAGCCAGUUUUAUUAAAUCUCAAAAUGGUUAAGACGAUGAUAAAUAGAUUAGAUACCAUUUAGAACUGCCAAAAAUGGCCAAAGAACUGAUAAUUUCGACUAUUUUAUGGGCCAUCUGCAUAUCCUGCACAGUAGGAAUAGAUGAUAAAGCUUUAGUAUGGACUUCGAAAAGCAGCGAAACAUACUUGACAGACAAGUUAAAUGAAUGGGUUGAAGACACGGACUAUCCAUGGACAAUUUAUAGCAUGAACAUGUCUAAACUUUCCAUGGGCUAUGGUUUGGCAGUGGACACCCACACUGGACAUGCAAUUAUCAGCGACCCCGGGAACAAUUUGCUUGUCAUCGUGGAUUUGAAUAAGGAAUUGGCAGCGUUUUUCUACGUUGGAACAUCCAAGGGGGUUGGCCAAGUAACUAUAGACUGGCGAGCCCGUAAUGUAUACUGGACAGACGCCGGGUUCGGCUGGAUAGCCAUGAAAGCGCUACCUAAAAACAUAACCUCUCACAACUCACUGGAUACCAGGAUGAAAGUUAUAGUUGACCAUCAGCUGGAAACACCAACAGGAAUCGUUGUACAUCCACAUAAAUAUUACCUGUUUUGGGCCGACGCGGGCAAGCAUCCAAAGAUUGAACGAUCCGACAUGACAGGGAAUGGCAGAAUAGUUAUUGUCUGGCAGGGCCUUAUCACCCCGCGGGCACUUGCCAUUGACAACCAAGGGGACAAACUCUUCUGGACGGACGAGGACAGGGAGACCAUAGAGUUCUGUAACUUUGACGGCACUGGCAGGAAUAUACUGAUUUCUAACGGCUUGCAAUACUACGGAAUAGAUGUUUAUCAGAGCUACGUAUUUUACUCGGCAUUCUAUCGCGAAACUGCCAACACUACAUACACCGGCUACAUACAUACAACCAACUGGAAAGAUCAGUCACACCGAGUGCUACAAAACAAAACUUUGUACCAUGUGGCAGUAUAUGACAGGGCGUCUCAACCACGAGAUCCGCUGGGAGAGAGGUGUGAGAACGCGUACACCAAUUGCAGCCAGAUAUGCAUACACGAAGACGAUAAUGGCAAUACUGCCUGUCUGUGCCUAGAUGGAUAUGAUUUGGACAGAUUCCAAGGACGAGCAUGUUAUGAUGGAGGCUAUAACGUAGAGAGACACCUUCUUUUUACCAACUCUCACUCUAUUUGCGCUAUCGCCAUCAACGCUUUCACCGCCCACGACUCAAUCAAGGGGUUCCCCUACAACUGCAGUGUGAUAAGGGGCUCGUACGGAGAGAUCACAAGAUUUUCAAUUGAUACAGCAGGGCGGAACAUAUUUUUCACCAAUAGCACGCACAUCCUUAUGCAAACACCAUUUCUUUCCGAAAAACGAACGGUUUAUAGUUCAAAUGGAACGAAAAUUACCGAUAUGGAUUUUGAUUGGCUGACCCGCACUUUGUACUGGAUCGAAAGCGACUCAUCUGCAUUACAUUUUAUCAAGCCCUACUCAACAGAGACGUCUAUCAAACUCAAGAAAUUAAGAGAAAAUGGACAGCUGACAAACUUGGCAGUAGAUCCACUCAACAGGAAAAUAUAUUUCGUGGUAAGAAGCAGAGACGACUCAUUCGAGCUUAAUGUCUAUGACGCUGCUACCGAAACUGUAACUACAGUGGAGGUUAACAAUUUGCGAAGACCAACUGACCUCGAGUACGACCGACUUCAGGAAAGGCUAGUCUGGAAUGAUGAUGGUGGGUUCAUAGGCUUUCUUGCUCUCGGUGACAGAAAACAGAUACCAAAAGUGGAAACAAACGGAGGCAAGAAACGCCAUGCAAUAACGCCAUAUAAACAAUUUAUCUUCUCUUCUACUGAGGAGGCUAAGCGCCAAUUUGAUGUGCUGUAUGAAGGUGACCAGUCCAUGAUUUACACGAGCUUUUCGUCAAUCUACGACACAUUCGUCCAUGACAUGCAUGUAUACGAUAAAACGCUUCAACCAUCAGAAACGGGUCCAUGUGACGUACGUAACGGUGGAUGCCAGCAUUAUUGCAUUUCAAAUGCGACAGAAGAGUGUGCUUGCAAAGUUGGGUAUAUUUUGUCCAACGAGAAGAACUGCACCACAAGAAAACUGGAUUCCGAAUAUUUCAUCAUUCUUGACCAAAUUCACGGACGUCUUUUUCAAGCGACCAAAACAGACUUUUCGUCAGAGGUGUAUGCUGUGGACAUACACACAGACAACGCUCCUGUGUCACUGGCGUUUGACAGUGACUCGUCUACGAUUGCAUGGGUUGAUGAGUCGAUUACCAGAACAGUGAAAGUCAAGAAGCUUGGACAAAAUGAUGAAAGAAUUGUCGAAUUUAAUAUGAUGGAAAACGGUUAUGUGGCUAUUGACUCCUCUACCGGUAAUGUCUACGUUUUGUCGGCAAACAAAAUAAAUGUGAUCAACGAGAAUGGAAAAGUACAUGAACUUGUUGAUGAUUCGCUGACCGAAAACAUAGAAAUGAAGACUAUCGCGCUGCUAUCUUCACAUGGAAAAAUGGCCUGGAUAGCCACACAGACUGGUAGAUGGAUGAUCUUCUUGGCCAACAUGGAUAGAACCAACAGAAAACUAGCGAUACAGUCUGAGAGUAUGAUUGACGAUCUAAUUUUCGAUGUAGAAACAGGUGACAGUCUUUAUUGGUGUGAAGCUAAGACUGACAAGGUCGGAAGAUAUGCCAUUGAGACAAGGCAGGAGAAAAUGGUGUAUUCCGAUGGCGGACUGCAACCUAUAGCGUUAGACGUGGCGGGGGAGUAUGUUUACGUCGUCCCAUACAGAGGAAGGAGAAUCGUACGAAUGUCCAAGUCAGAUGGAAGUGGGCAAAAGACUGUGUUUGAGAACCCUUUGCUUGGAUCCCUUAACAACUUCUUCGUCUCUCACUCUGGUCCGCUUUCUGUCCAUUCCCAAUGUGGUGAAUGCAAUGGUCAGUGUAGCGAUAUCUGCCUACCAGACGGAGUGGACGGGCGGACGUGCGCCUGUGAUCUUGGAGAUGAACUAAACGACGCUACCAACUGCAGGAAGUCCUCAAGAUGUCCGGUAGUGGAGGAAGAAUCGAUAUCCGUUUUGGAUGACUGUUGCCCUGAACAACCAGACGCUCUGUGCAAGGUCACGUGUGCGGACGGAUUCACGCAAGUCUCGCCCUACAAACUCAAAUGCCAGCCUACAGGCUGGAAUGCCUCGAUCGAGGAAUUAUGUACGGAAGGAUCAAAGCCGCCGAACACUUGGCUAAUGAUUGGCAUUGCGAGUUUCGCUUUGGUUUUAGUGGUUAUUGCAGUCGUGGCCUUCAUUAUACACAGGAAAAGAUCUUCUAAGUUCGACCGUCUCGAUGAACAAUACGUAGUUGCGUAUCGUCAUGAUAUUUUGGCCUAUGAUAGUGACCAUGUUUACGACCCGGCGAACGCGAUUGCUCGCAACAAAAGUGCAGAUAGAAAUUCAAGAGUGCAGAGCGAAUGCUAUGCUGAUCUAGACGAGACAGUGAUUUUGGCAGAAAGUGUGGAUCUUCCAACGAAACACGAAAAACAAAGCAGGGGCAGAAAUGACUACCAUCCUUUCCCUACAUCGCAGAUAGUACCUCCAAACCUACCCGACCGAGAAAAAACCGCUCCGUUAAUGGAUGUCCAAAAAAGUCUAUCGAAAGGGUUGUCCUAUGUGUCGUUUGAUUCAAAUGUCUAUGACAUUUCAAUUGAUGAUCAGUAUGACCGACUUGGAUCAAACAGAUUGUCGAGGUCUCUAAAAGUAGCCUCUGGUUAUGGUUCUACACAAAACGUAUCCAUGCGUGGACAAUCUAUUAACGAAGGACCUGCAAAUCCCCAAAAUCAUUAUUCCACACUAUUAAAGUACAAGAAAGAUAAUGAGUUCUCUGCGUUUGCGAAUGACAAUGAAGGUUUUUCUAAUAAGCAAUCCGCUUCUUUCGUCAAUCCUUCGUUUGAAGACGAUGAAUGCACUUGUGGAGUAGUAGAAUUCACAGAAGAGUCAUCUGUUCCACAUCAAGCUAAUUUUGUGAUCAAUGGCGGCGAAACCGAAUUCAACGACGAGACUGAUUAUAUGGAGGCAAGUGACAGCAAGGACAUGGAAUAUUUGAGCAACGAGAAACGAUGGAGGCGUAAAAAUACUUAUCAUCCGUUUCCAGGUCCUCUUGAUAAUUCAACUAGUGAAGAACAGUCUUUCAAGAAACAAAAUUCAAGAUCGGGUAACGACUGUCAGCAACGCAAUGAUUUGCCAGUCAUUGAUGAAAAAACAGGAAGCAACAGGGGACAAAAUGUUUAUCAUCCAUUUCCCAGUUCUGAAGAUCUCUCUCGUGAUUUAUCUACCGAAGGAACGGAGUUCCAUGUAAACGCCACAAUUGCAACAGGUGUAAAUCAUGUGAAAGAGAUUGAAACUGACGAUUAUAUGAAGCCACUAGAUUAUCAGCAUGGGAUGGUUAAAGAAACAAAACUUCUUGAGCGAAGGUUACAGAAUCAUGACCGAUCACACAACCACUAUCACCCUUUCCCAUCAUCUGAAUGUUUAUCGACUUUCUCACCUGAUAAUGACCCAGAUAGUAAUUACGAAAACCCUAAUUUUGUGGAAGAUGAUAACUUAACAGAACGACACGGCGGGGAAGCAGGCAAGCCUCACAAAUUUAGCGACCCAUCAACUGUUGAUAUACAGCGUGUACUUGACAGUAUGCAUCCCGCUUGCCAAAAACCUGACUGUUCAUCAAACGUAGAUGCAGCAGAUAAUAUCAGAAUUUCAAAGCAUGACAGCAAUUACCAGCUUCCCGAUGACUAUUUUGACGGAUAUGUUGAGGAUAACUUGCAUCCACCUAGCAUCCCAGAUUCAAAAAAUAAUUUGACAAUUCAAAAUCAUUCGCAUGAAACGAACAGCAUGAUUCCAAGAGAAAACGUACGUUGUAAUGAAUCCCCGCAAAAUGCUAAGGACUUAGGUCUUAAUCCGAUAAGUAAAAGAUGUGUUCCUGUAGGUGAAAGUUUCUCACUAAAAUCACAGUCGUCCGCUGACUAUUUAGAUAUGACAGUUAUCGAACAAGGACGUUUCUCCAAUGUCAAUGAGCAUAUUCAACCUGGUAACAAACAAAUAAAAGGACACAAAAGACAAAAUCAUAAACAAGUUUACCUUUCAGAUGAUGAUGACGAUGACUAUUUAACACCAGUUCCUGGUGGAAAAACGGGCACUAAAGCAGAAAACAUCGAUUCAAAUAUUUUUUCAGAUGAAGGAUCAGACGAUUAUUUGACACUCGUAGUUAACACAGAAGCUAGAGAUGGAAAGGGCAUUGAAAUGCAACAGCAUAUUGACCAUAAGCACCAAAACAAUUCUAAAAAUAAAGUGGCGAAAAAUUCAAAUAUGACUGACAAAACUAAUGAUUACAUACCUAUGGAUAAAUACAGAUUAGAAACGGAACCUGAAUUCAAAGCUAAUGCUGCAGCCGAGAGAGAAAAUAUUAUUCCAAUGAAACAAAACAUACAUGAUAUCAAACAUUACCAAGAAGGUUACUCGUGUUUGGAGAAUAACAAAAAAUCAAGCGAUGAUGAUUAUUUCGCAAUGGAUCGAUUCAGAGCAAAGACAUAUCAUAAUCCGAAACUGAUGCAUUCUUUAGCAGCGGAUAAUGAAAACGUCGAGAGAGAGAAUGGUGCUUCAGUUGGUCAUAAUGAAAAUGUCGAUGGAAAGUGGUGUAUUUCAACGAACAAAAGAAAGGCAGAAAUGGGGCCUUUCCAAAAUCAAAAUUCCUACAUGGAAGCAGAGGCUGCCCAUGAUGAAAUGGAUGAUUAUUUACCGAUGAAAACCUCAAUAUCAGAAACCGACGAUAACAGAGGGGACGAUUAUUUACCUAUGAACAGUUCAAAAGCAGAAGCCGAUAAUAACGAAGGGGACGAUUAUUUACCGAUGAAGGGUUUAAAAGCAAAAGCCGAUGGUAACGAAGGGGACGAUUAUUUACCGAUGAACAAAUUCGAAUCGCAAGCUGAUGAAAACGAAGGGGACGAUUAUUUACCGAUGAAUAGUUCAAAAGCAAAAGCCGAUGAUAAUGAAGGGGACGAUUAUUUACUGAUGAACAGGUCAAAAGCGAAAGCCGAUGCUAACGAAGGGGACGAUUAUUUACCGAUGAACAGCUUAAAAGCAGAAGCUGAUGCUAACGAAGGGGACGAUUAUUUGCCAAUGAACAGCUUAAAAGCAGAUGCCGACAAUAACGAAGGGGACGAUUAUUUACCGAUGAACGGUUUAAAAGCAGAUGCCGACAACAACAAAGGAGACGAUUAUUUACCGAUGAACAGGUCAAAAGCAGAAGCCGAUGCUAACGAAGGGGACGAUUAUUUACCGAUGGACGGUUUAAAAGCAGAAGCCGCAAAUAACGAAGGAGACGAUUAUUUACCGAUGAAGGGUUUAAAAGCAGAAGCCGAUGCUGACGAAGGGGACGAUUAUUUACCGAUGAACAGGUCAAAAGCAGAAGCCGAUGCUAACGAAUGGGACGAUUAUUUACCUAUGGACGGUUUAAAAGCAGAAGCCGCAAAUAACGAAGGAGACGAUUAUUUACCGAUGAAGGGUUUAAAAGCAGAAGCCGAUGCUGACGAAGGAGACGAUUAUUUACCGAUGAACAGGUCAAAAGCAGAAGCCGAUGCUAACGAAGGGGACGAUUAUUUACCGAUGGACGGUUUAAAAGCAGAAGCCGCAAAUAACGAAGGAGACGAUUAUUUACCGAUGAAGGGUUUAAAAGCAGAAGCCGAUGCUGACGAAGGGGACGAUUAUUUACCGAUGAACAGGUCAAAAGCAGAAGCUGAUGCUAACGAAUGGGACGAUUAUUUACCUAUGGACGGUUUAAAAGCAGAAGCCGCAAAUAACGAAGGAGACGAUUACUUACCGAUGAAGGGUUUAAAAGCAGAAGCCGAUGGUAACGAAGGGGACGAUUAUUUACCGAUGAAUAGUUCAAAAGCAAAAGCCGAUGAUAACGCAGGGGACGAUUAUUUACCGAUGAACAGCUUAAAAGCAGAAGCUGAUGCUAACGAAGGGGACGAUUACUUACCGAUGGACGGUUUAAAAGCAGAAGCCGCAAAUAACGAAGGGGACGAUUACUUACCAAUGAAGGGUUUAAAAGCAGAAACCGACAAUAACGAAGGGGACGAUUAUUUACCAAUGAAGGAUUUAAAAGCAGAAGCCGACAAUAACGAAGGGGAAGAUUAUUUACCAAUGAAGGUUUUAAAAGCAGAAGCCGACAAUAACGAAGGGGACGAUUAUUUACCGAUGAAUGGUUUAAAAGCAGAAGCCGACAAUAACGAAGGGGACGAUUAUUUACCGAUGAAUGGUUUAAAAGCAGAAGCCGACAAUAACGAAGGGGACGAUUAUUUACCAAUGAAGGAUUUAAAAGCAGAAGCCGACAAUAACGAAAGGGACGAUUAUUUACCAAUGAAGGAUUUAAAAGCAGAAGCCGACAAUAACGAAGGGGACGAUUAUUUACCGAUGAAGGGUUUAAAAGCAGAAACCGACUAUAACGAAAGGGACGAUUAUUUACCGAUGAAUGGUUCAAACGCAGAAUCCAAUGCUUACGAAGGGGGUGAUUAUUUACCGAUGAAGGGUUUAAAAUCAGAAGCCGAUGCUAACGAAGGGGACGAUUAUCUACCGAUGAACGGUUUAAAAGCAGAAGCCGAUGCGAACGAAGGGGACGAUUAUUUACCGAUGUACGGUUUAAAAGCAGAAGCCAAUACCAACUAAGGGGACGACUGUUUACCAAUGAAGGGUUUAAAGACAAAAGCCAAUAUUAACGAAGGGGACGAUUAUUUACCAAUGAACGGUUUAAAAGGAGGAGCCAAUCUUAACGAAGGGGACGAUUAUCUACCCAUGAACGGUUUAAAAGAAGGAGCCGAUGCUAACGAAGGGGACGAUUAUUUACCAAUGAACGGUUUAAAAACAGAGAAAGAAUCCAGAAAGCCUUACGUUAAAACGAAAUGCCCUACAGAGGACUCUGAGGAUUCAAAUGACUGUAGUAAUUACCUAUCAAUGGAUCAAUAUAAUGCACACUGUUGAAUACCUUACACUUUGUUUUGGAAAAGGGAUCUGAUUAGUUUUUGCACCAGGGACAUCAACUGCGAGCUUAUGUGCUUGACGAAUCAGCGAUCUAUGAUAACGUAAUUCAAACAUCAUACCUUAGCAUUCGAAGGUGAAUGUUUUAUGACCUGUUUUCUAUCAUAUAAACUAGAAAUAAACCAAUUAUGUUUGUUUUAUUGAAAACGUACGUAUUAAUCGUAUUUCAGCUGUAAUUUAAUCAUACAGCUAAGCCUAUCUUGUGUAAAUAUGGAGUUUUCACUAUAUUUAAACGUGUACAAUUACUAUUAUGGAAGUCAAGUGCUCAUUUGUGAAGAUAAAAUUUCUAUAACAAUUAUGUGUCUCGUAAAGUGGUUAUAUGGCCUUGUUCCAUGUGCCUUAAAUACCAUGAUUUCGGUCAAAUGUUCUUGGCUUGAUCUUAAUUUUUAUUAUUUUACUUGUAUCUAAUUCUCAUGUAUACAUUCAAACAACAAAUGCCCGUAAUAUAACGACGAUGCAACCCCUAUAUGGACCAUAAACAACGUCAACAAAUGUCAAACAGUGAUAGAAAAAUUUAAUUUGAAACACCAUUUCUCUGUGAGAACAUCCGUUCUAUAGUUCAGUCAUACGCACAUUGUUCACAGUCCAUCAUCAAGUUAUACCUUGUUUUCGAUUUAAGGCUUAUAUAUUCGUGGGACAUAUAUGUUUAAUUCUAUCAAUUAUUAAUACAUUAUAGAACAAGAAUAUGGUUAUUGCCAUGCAAACUAAUAUAAACCCCCAGUAGACUUGUUUCACUUACCAUUUCAUUGCGGUAAUCCCAUCGUUUAACUGUAAAGCAAUUUUGGAUGAGGGUAUGGUUUGUUUGAACUAUUGUGUUUGUAUUUGUGUUUGUUGUGUUUUGUCUUUGUAAUGUGUAUGUGAUGUUAAUAAUUAUGUUUGUGUUUAUAGUUCGUUGUCAUUUUGGCCCUUGUCUGUGCUCCUAAACAGGGCUUAUUUUUGAUUUUUCGACUUCAGGGAUUGGCCCUGUAGUUUUGGUUGUAUUGUAUUUUCUUGGAAUACACAUAUGUUAUAUUGCAAUUUCACUCCACAUGUUUGUAUACUGUUUAAUAAGAAAUAAAUAUUGCUUACUUGGUAUCAUUCCAGCAAGUCAUACGUCUA